AUGUCGAGCUCGGUCGAGAAGUCGGUCAAAGGCGGCACCAAGGUCAAGCUUGCACCGCCCAAGUCCAAAUAUGUCGAACACAUCCUGCUGGCCACGUCUGGCGGCGAGGCCGGCGUCGCCGAGAUCUUCCGCACCCUGAAAGAGCGUCUACGCGACACCACCUGGACCAUCUGCUUCAAGGCCCUGAUCAUUGUACACCUGAUGAUUAAAGAGGGAGAGCGCGAUGCCACCCUCAAGUAUCUGGCCGCCGCGCCCAAGAACCGACUGGCCAUCAACAACUACACCGACGGUACGCCUCCUUGCACCUUCUCUUGGGCUCUUCUGACGCCGUCCAACNNAGUCCAGACACAGGGCCAGAAUAUCCGCCGGUACUCCAACUAUCUCAUCCAGCGCGCAGAGUCGUUCGCCGACACGCACAUUGACCACAUCCGUAAUCCCGGUCGCUUGAAGAACAUCUCCAUCGCGAAGGGUCUGCUACGAGAGACGGAAGCGAUUCAAGACCAGAUCAGAGUCUUGAUCAAAUGCGACGUUCGUACCACGCUCAGCACUGCACACCACAAUCUGACACAGUACAGNCCUCUCGAGAAUGAGCCCGAGAACGACAUUUCGUUGAUGGCAUUCCGCCUGCUCACCAAAGAUCUCCUCGACCUGUUCACUGCCAUGAACGAGGCCGUCAUGAACAUACUGAGUCAGUACUUUGGUGUUUCAACUCUGCUUCAGCCUCCUGAUAUGAAACUUUACAGGNNCCAUUACUUCGAACUCUCGAAACCCGACGCCGAACAUGCCAUUGGCAUCUACAAAGCCUUUGCCAAGCAGACAGACCAAGUCGUCCAGUAUCUCAGCAUCGCCAGACAAUACGAGCACAUCACAAAGUUGGAGAUCCCAAAGAUCAAGCACGCCCCUACGAGUCUAGCCCAGUCGUUACAAGAGUACAUUGACGACCACGACUUUGAGACCAACAGACGCCAAUACCUGGCUGAACAGCAAGCAAAGACUGGCAAACCGAUCAAGCCCUCGAGAUCGGUGACUUUUGCUGAAGCCGAACCGAAACAAGAAAACGCUGGUGCUUCUCAACCUGCUGCUUCGCAGCCACCACCUGCCAAAGGCCCAGCUCCCGAUCUUAUCGACUUCUUUGGCUCAAUUGAGGAUCAGCAACAACCUAUGGCUCAGGCUUCUACCCAGCAAUAUGCCCAGCCGACCGGCCAGCCUUUUGGUCAGAUGUAUGGUCAGCCUACAGCAGACCCUGCCUUCCAGACCGCUCAGUCGACGAAUCCAUUUGGCGCCCCUCAGCAGUUUAUGGCACCGCCUACUGCUCAGCUCCAACCACAAUUCACAGGGGCCGGAUUUGGUGGUUAUGGUCCUCAACCACAGCAACAGGUACAACCGCAACAGACAGCCUUCAACUCAAACCCUUUCCAGUCGGCUGUCCAACAGCCCUUUCAGAGUCCGCCCCCUCAACAGCAGCAACAGUCGACUUUCGUGCAACAAGAUGCCUAUUCCAUGCAGCAGCAACAGCAAGACCCUUUUGCUAUGCAACAGCAGCAGCAGCCCCCACAGAUGCAACCCCCACCACAACAAGUCCAGCCACAGGCAACCAAUCCUUUCCGCCAAUCCAUGAUGCCUACUGGUCAAAUGAAUGGUUUCAUGCAACCACAGCAGACGGCUCAGCCUCAGCAGCGCCAGACCAGUAACCCAUUCGCAAGACAGCCACCUCAACAAGAUCCCAUGCAAACCGGCUUCCAACAGCAGCAGCAGCCAUUGCAAGCUCAGCCCACAGGAACAAACCCCUUCGCCAAGCAAUCUCCUCAAAUCUCUCAGCCAACAGGGCAGUCGGCAUCAUUCCUCACUCCUGCGGCUACUGGCAGCACGAAUCCAUUCAGGCAGUCCAUGUUUGUUAACCAACAGACCGGUCAGGGCUGGCAGAACACACCUCAAGCAAGCAUGGGAGGAUGGGAGCAACUGGAGACUGUCCCUAUCUUCCCUCGCCCUGGACAAUAG